GCAAGUAACGGAGGCAGCGGCGGGCCAUGCUUCAUAAGCCUCAAACCUUGUUGAAAGGGGCUGAAGAUGGCACAAGAAGAGGCCUGGCAGUGAGAGGGAGAGCUGCGAGGGCACAUCUGCCGGGAGAGAUGCUUUCCACCCGGCAGCGACAGCCACUUUUUCUUUUCAUAUUCGCUCCAGAGGCGAUACCAGAAUGCCAAACACCUCCUCGCCCGCCCGGGAUAUUAAAGCGAGCCCUGCCAGGGUCACUGGAGGGACUGGCGGCGGUCCGGUGAGGAGGUAGAGGGGGAGGCAGGGACAAGGGCAGGGGCAGGGGAAGAGGCAGGAGCAGGAACAGGGGUAGAGGCAGGGGCAAGGGCAGCGGCAGGCGCAGAGGUAGACGCAAGGGCAGAAGCAGGCAGUGCGGGGCGCGCCCCUGCAGCCGGCUCCGGCUGCCCCCGCCCGCCGGGGUCGGUGGCCCCGGGGACGGGGACGGCCACGGCUGGCCGCGAUCCCGCCCGCCGCCGCCCGGCCCCUCCGCCCGCCGGGGCGGUGGCAGGCUCCCGCCGUGCCUCCCGGCACAUAAAGGGAGGCGGCGAGGGCCGGCCGCGGGCAGCGGCUGACGGCGACGGAGCAGCCUGUGCAAAUGGAGCAGCCGGCGGUGGUGGAGCAGCCGGAGGUGAUGGAGCAGCCGGUGCAGACGGAGAUGUGCAAGGCGCAGAGCCUGGAAGAGCUGGUCCGCAUCCUCCACCGGCUAUUCGCCGAGGACAAAAUCUGCGUGGAGGAAGUGCAGGCGCUGAUGGAGUCGUACGAGAGCAACCCCGAGGAGUGGCUGCAGUACGCCCAAUUCGACCAGUACAGGUAUACAAGAAAUCUUGUGGACAGUGGAAAUGGAAAGUUCAACUUGAUGAUCUUGUGCUGGGGUGAAGGGCAUGGCAGCAGCAUCCAUGACCACACCGACUCACACUGCUUUAUGAAGAUCCUCCAGGGAAAUCUAAAGGAGACUCUGUUCGAAUGGCCUGAGAAAAAAGGGAAUGGUGAAAUGACUAAGAAAUCAGAACGAGUUUUAAGGGAAAAUCAAUGUGCCUACAUUAAUGACUCCAUUGGCCUGCACCGCGUGGAGAACAUCAGCCACACAGAGUCUGCCGUUAGCCUGCAUUUGUACAGCCCACCCUUCGACAGCUGUAACACCUUUGAUCAGAGGACUGGACACAAGCACAAAGUCAAGAUGACCUUCUACAGCCAGUUCGGGGAAAGGACUCACUGUGCGACAGCAGUGCCACAGGAGAACAACUGAGAAGCACCAGCACAUGUUUGCGUGAGACCUGCUGAAUGUUUAACUGGGGACAGAAGACUUGCAUGGCUAAGGCCAGCAGCCAGCUAUAUUUCUAUACGUAGUACAUAGGAGUACACUAGGGCAGCUUCCAAGCCAUCCGCGGUUCCCCUGAGCAAAUGCUGAUUAUGGGACACUAAGAUAACUAGUGCCAUAAACUACUUCAGAGGUUAGAUGCCUUUUCUUAGGCUCUUGUCAGAAUUAAGUAGUUUGUUUUCUGAUUCUAGCCUCCUUUUAAUUCCACUUCUGAUACCACACUGAGAAUAUCAGAAAUAGGGUUUUUAAACAUCAUCUGACAUUACUUAAUAGGCCUAUCAGUAUGUAUGCUUUCAAUGUAAUUAAUAACUAUAUAAACUUCUAAGCUUCCAGUCACUUGUGCCUAUGGGGAUUACACUAGAUACGACUAACAGUAGCUUCCUUUUUUAAAUUAAGCCUUUUAGGUUUUAAUGCUGUAGGCUAUUAUUUUGAUAGUUUUGUGCAUUUUUUACUUUUUGUUUUUUAGAAUUUCGUUUGUCAGAUCUUGUUUUGAAUAGAAGCAAUGAAAUGCUUCAUGUACAAUGAUUUUCAAAACUGGGCAGAGAUUUGAGUUUUUAAUAAGACUAAUCAUACUUAAUUCAGCUAAUGUCCAGUUUCCAACAUAUUUCAUAUAGCUACUGAAGAAGGUAACUGAAAUAAAACUGGAUUUGUCCACAGA